CGAGCAUUGGUGAGGUGCUGUUUGAACAUUAAAGAGGAACUGACAGAAUUUGCUGCCGUUGGACAUGGAUGACUUUGUUUGUGAUAUAUUAAAAGAAUGGGGUCUCAGCAAAUACAUUGAGAAAUUUAAAGAUCAUGAGGUUGACAAGGAAAGUCUUUACUGUCUUACUGAUAAGUUGAUUGAUGAACUGAUCCCAAAGGUGGGGCCAAAGGGAAAAUUCAUCAAGAAAUUAAAACUGUUAAAGAAACAACAAGACUCAGCAACAAACCAGGAGGCAGUUCCAUCAGGACGAGAGUAUGAAGAAACAGAAGAAUCUGCUCAGGUUUUUCCAUCCACCAGUGGCGCAAAUGAUACAGGAAAGCGAAAGGGCAAACAACUCUCACAAGCAAGUAAACGCAGAUGUACACCAGAUUCAGAAGAGAGCAAACUCUCUGUUGUGAAAAAAAUAAUGAAUGACAUCCAGCCGAUGCUUCUAGACAACACAGAUAUCAGUGAUUUCCUGAUGCGUAAAAUCAGUGAUUUGACGACGGAAAGGAGGGAACUGGUUGGUGUCUUUGGUAAAACAGGGGCUGGAAAGAGCACUUUGAUCAAUGCCAUCAUUGGAGAGAAGAAUCUUCUACCGACUGGAAGGCGCGAUGCAUGCACCACAGUCAUGAUUAAAGUGGAGGCCAGUGACUCGCCAAUGUAUGAAGCAUACAUUGAGUUCAUUACACCAAAGGAGUGGGAAGACGAAUUGUGGUCCUUUGAAAAAUUUCAGGAUAAUGAACUUGAAGGCACUGAGGAAAAGCUUACAGCACUGUAUGGACAAGAUUGGAAAGGCAAAAUAACCCAUAAAAACUGCAAUGACAACAAGCAUUUCAAAGAAAUUCCAAAAUUUCUAAAGUCAGCUACGAUGUGUUUGCCAUUUGACUCAGCUCAGGGGCUAUCUGAAGAAAUUGCCAAAUAUACAAGAAAUAGUAGAGCAGUGGAGAAGCAAUACUGGCCAUUAGUGAAGUGUGUGACUCUCAAGUUACCUGAUAGAAAUGACUUUCUCCAACAUGUCACAAUUGUGGACUUACCAGGAAAUGGGGACCGCAAUAAGAGCAGAGACAAAAUGUGGAAAGAGCUUGUUGGAAAAUGUUCCACCGUGUGGAUUGUGAGUGAGGCCAAUCGCUCAGCGGCAGAGAGCGAGGCCUGGGAAAUCCUGGAAAAUUCCUGUUGCCUCAUGGGAAAUGGUGGCGAGUGUCAGCAAAUUCACUUCAUCUGCACAAAGUGUGAUGAUUUUGUUGAACCAGAAAUGUCAGCUGAAGAGGUACGUAACACGUUGCUUCAAGAAAACCAAACAACCAAGGAAACAAUGGAAAGUGAAAUAUUGAAGAGCCUUCAAAAGGAAGGAAAUGUUAAGAAUCACUUCAAUAACGACUGUUUCAAAGUGUUCACAGUGUGCGCCAGAACUUUUCUGAACGAAACAUACGAAAAGGUAGAAGACACAGAAAUUCCAGCUCUUCGGGAGUUUCUGAAAAAUCUUGAUGACCGUCACUCAGAGACACUAAACUAUGUGUCAAGAGCACAUGGCAUUCUCUCUCUGAUCCAAGGGGCAAAAAACAGGAAAUCGAACAGGGACGUGUACAAAGACCUUGAAGAAACACUAAGUUCUGAACUUGAAAGAGUCAGAAAACCGAUGGAAGAGGCUUAUGCAGCGUUUAAAAAUGGCCUUGAGGAGGGUGUGAAGAAGUCAUGCAGCUCAUGGAGAAUAUCUGUGACGGAAGCAAUAUGCCCUAAACCCGGUAAGGGUAGAGGUUUUCACAAGAUACUGAAGUGUGUCGUAAACAACAGUGGUGCCUUUACAUCAAAGAAAAAGGUCGCAGAAAACUUAAACGUGAUAUUAAGUUCUUGGUUGACUGGCAGCAUUGAUGAGAAAUUCAAGGAGACCUUCCCAAAUGAAAGGAAAAGUGGACCAUUCAAGAAUGCCCUUAACGUGUUUACACUGGGCACAGAGAAGCUGAUUCAAAAGUACAAAGAUGAUGAACUGCAGCUUAUCUUUCUCAAGACAGAGGAAGAAAAAGUCAAGCAUAAACUCAACAAAACCAUCCGGGAUCGCAAGAAGACAAUCUACAACAGUCUGACAGACAAAAUAGAGGAAAACAUGCAAACAUGUUAUGAUGCUGCAAAGGAGGAAGAAGGAACCGGUUCAAUGAUAAGAAUGCAGGACAUUAUCCUGGACCAUAUCAAGGAUAAUGAAGACACCAUGUUUAAGGAGGCUAAAAGGGAAAUGUUGGAACAACUGGUUCACUUGAAGAGCGACAUCCUGGUGGAACUGGAGGAAACCUUGAGGGAAUCAAUGGAGCUGGCACUCAAGACAGAUUCAGACUCAUUGCCAGAUGUUUCAUCAGAGCUUGACUCUGUGAAGAAGUUCCUCAGUGAACUAAAAGGCAGCCCAAGUGAAUAAACUGAGCAAUCUAAAAUGAUGCUAAAGGUUCUACUGGUUGGCAUCAGUCGACUUCUUGAAACUUUGAAAGGUAAAAUAUGGCUCAAGGAUUAGUCCAUUAACUUUUGGAGAGGAUCUGAUUAUGGGGGUGGAUACAUACUUAUUUUUACUUUUAUCCUUGUGAGUUGUUGUUUUUUUCCAGCAUCUUCAUUUACUAAAUGACUUUUGUUAAGUGUGUGCAAAAUGAUUUUUAUAUUUGUGUGGAUGGACAUUCUUGCCAUGGUCUGAUAUAGAGGCAGGGGGCAGAAAGAUUCUGUCUCAUUCAAUCCAAGUACAUGUGGCUUAUUAGUCUUUGCCACUGGGCCACUAUUAUGCCCUCAAAAUGCUUUGUCUUUUUAAGGAUUCUUAAUGAUUCUUAAUUAUUUAAAUAAUACAUUUAGAUAAGGUGAUUGAUAUAUGAGUGACACUUUAUUCUAAAUAUUAGUAUUGACCCUCAAACAGGCUAUUGAUAUCUAAAAAAAAAAAUUUAAUAAAAUGUUUUAGUCCAGUGUACAGUAUCACCUCCAUUAGUUCAGUUCUACUAUAUGAAAUAAUAUAAGGUCUUGUAAGGUUACUGCUCGUGUUACUUGGGCGUGCCUCUGGGAAAUAAUAGAGGUCAGCAAGUGUCUUCUGUCUUGUUUGUAAGUUUCACUUAACAAUUAAUUGCAAUUUUUAAUAAGCCUCUUUGUUUUGCAUGUGUACAAAGUGUGCACAUCACAGAUACGCCUGUCAUUGUGUGCUGCACCUGUACUUCUUGUAUCUGUCACACACCAAGGCUCAGGACAAGCAUGUGAUGUGUCAUACGAUUCUCCUGGCUUUCAUUUUCCCUCCUGUAGUCACCAAAGCAUCACAUUCAAAAGGUACACUUUGUCUUGGCAACAUUUAAUACACCAUUAUACAGCUGGCAGUUUAUAGCAAAGUAUAUCACAUUGAAAAUGAGUUGUGAAGUAGUAAGUGUAAUAUUAAAAGUCAUCUCAUGUCAUUGCUGACUAAAUAACUAAUUACUUCUAAAGAACAGAAAAAGAAUUGCACUUAAAAACUGAGAACCUCUUCAGUGAAUAAAAGUGUUUACAUGUGA